AUGCUUUUAAACGCGAUAAGAAGGAGGAAGAAGAUGUUCCUUGUAAACAGAUUUAAACGACUGCUCGUCGUGGAAGAUAAUUUUUCUCCGAUGAAUUCUUUUAUUUCACGUGGCGGAAACCCUUUCCAAAAUCUUGAAAAAACGACCGUUCUUCAGGAAGCUCGUACAUUCAACGACACCCCUGUUAAUCCAAGAAAAUGUGCGCACAUUCUUACGAAAAUUUUGUACCUAUUGAAUCAAGGAGAACAAUUGGGUACAAUGGAAGCAACGGAAGCAUUUUUUGCCAUGACCAAGUUGUUUCAGUCUCGAGACGUUGUCCUGAGAAGGUUGGUCUAUCUAGGCAUCAAAGAAUUGAGUUCUUUGGCAGAAGAUGUGAUCAUAGUCACUUCGAGUCUAACAAAGGAUAUGACUGGAAAAGAAGAUUCUUAUAGAGCUGCAGCUAUAAGAGCAUUAUGUACUAUUACCGAUGCUGGAAUGCUAGCAGGUAUUGAACGUUAUAUGAAACAAGCUAUCGUGGAUCGCUCUUCUGCUGUUUCCAGUGCUGCUUUAGUCUCUUCUUUACACUUGACCAAUGUGUCUGGAGAUGUUGCACGUAGAUGGGCAAAUGAAGCUCAAGAGGCAUUAAAUUCUAAUAAUGUAAUGGUUCAGUACCAUGCUCUUGGUGUUUUAUACGAAGCACGCAAGACAGAUAAGCAUGCUGUAAUUAAGUUAAUUGCUAAGCAUUUGAGAACAUGUCCAAAAAGUCCUUAUGUAGGAUGUUUGUUAAUUAGAAUAUCGCGUAAACUAUUAGAUGGAAGCGACAAAGGAGGAGAAUUGCUGAAAUUUAUUGAAUGUUGUUUACGUCAUAAGUCAGAGAUGGUGGUGUACGAGGCAGCACAUGCCUUGCUCAAUCUUGGAAGAAAUUGCACAACGGAAAUAGCACCUGCUAUUAGCGUUCUUCAAUUAUUCUGUGGAUCUCAGAAACCAGCUCUGAGAUUUGCCGCUGUCCGAACCUUGAAUAAAGUUGCCAUAUCUGAUCCUGCUACUGUUACUGCGUGCAAUUUAGAUUUAGAAAAUCUAAUCACCGACUCGAACAGAUCUAUUGCCACACUGGCGAUUACAACCUUAUUAAAAACUGGAGCAGAAAGUUCGGUAGAUCGAUUAAUGAAGCAAAUUGCUACGUUCGUAUCGGAAAUUUCCGAUGAAUUUAAAGUUGUAGUUGUACAAGCUAUAAGGGCUCUGUGUCAGAAGUUCCCUCGGAAACACGCAGUUCUGAUGAAUUUCCUUUCUGCUAUGCUAAGAGACGAAGGAGGUCUAGAGUACAAGGCAGCAAUCGCAGAUACGAUAAUAGCUGUUAUGGAAGUAAAUGCUGAAGCAAAGGAAGCAGGUUUAGCACAUUUGUGCGAAUUCAUCGAAGAUUGCGAGCAUAUUUCGCUUGCAGUUCGCAUUCUUCACUUACUCGGCCAGGAGGGACCGACUUCGAAACAACCAUCCCGAUAUAUUCGUUUCAUCUACAAUCGCGUGAUUUUAGAAAGCGCUAGUGUUCGUGCUGCAGCAGUUACUGCGUUAGCACGUUUCGCCGCAGCAUGUCCACCGUUGUUACCAAAUGUGCUGGUUCUCUUAUCCCGUUGUCAGUUGGAUUCGGACGAUGAAGUCCGUGAUCGUGCAGCUUACUAUUGCACUAUUUUACAGCAACAAAAUGAACCAACCGUUUUACCUUUAGUACAGCCUCCUCUCCUCUCGGUUCCUAGCUUAGAACGAGCAUUACGAAAUUAUAUGCAAACAACAAUGGAGGAACCAUUCGACAUCUCACAGAUUCCACCAGCGCAAACAGCCGAAGAACCAACACAAAUAGAAAUACAUAGUACCGUGAAACAACAACCACGAUUAACACGAGAAGAAAGCUUUAUGGAAAAAUUAUCACAAAUACCAUAUUUAGCAAUAUUCAUUGGCGAUUCUUCGUUACUUAAAUCUUCGCCUGUCUUUGAAUUAACAGAAUCGGAAACAGAAUAUAAUGUUAAGUGUAUUAAGCAUACGUUCACGAAAGUUCUUGUUUUGCAAUUCGACUGCAUAAAUACUCUGUCCGAUCAGUUACUUCAGAAUGUGAGAGUAGCUGUCGAACCACCGGAAGGUUAUACAAUUACGUUGGAAACGUCAUGCCAGCGUCUACCGUACAACGAAUUAGGUACAAUAUAUACAGUAUUAACAUAUCCGGAUGAUGUUCAUGCUAGCGUUGCUACUAUGCCUACAACCUUACGGUUUACGGCUCGUGAAUGCGAUCCUGUGACAGGUGUCCCGGAUGCUGAUCAAGGAUACAACGAUGAAUAUAUGUUAGAGGAUCUAGAAGUGACUUUGGCUGAUCAAGUUCGAGGAAUUGGAAAUAGAGGAUUAGAUUUCGGUGUUGCAUGGGAUGCUGGCGUUGAGAAAGGAUAUACCAAAUUGGAAGAAACUUUUGCUUUAGGCCCAUCAGUGACCAGUUUAGAAGGGGCAAUACAAAGUCUCACGGGAUUUUUAGGCUUGGAUGCUGUAGAUCGAACCAGUCGAGUUCAGGCUGGCGCUGCUUCGCAUAAUUUAUUACUUAGCGGCAUUUUCAGAGGAGGAAAAGAAGUUCUUGCUCGUGCAAGAUUAGCGUUAUCAGACAGUCAAGUAACGAUGCAACUAUCUGUUCUAUGCCCAGAUCCAGAUGUCGCCGAAUUAAUUAUUUCUUCUGUAGGAUAAACUAUUGUUAUUAAAUCAAUUAUACACGUAUCAUAUAUCGAAGGAUU